GUAAGCCGCGUCGCUCGGUGGGUUGUUGCCGCGUUUCUUCUCUCCCGGUGUUCAUCUUUGUUGACUGUAAUGACUUAGUGGGUGCAUUAUAGUUUCGGAGAGGCAGAGCGCAACUACAGUUGGACAUAAUGACGGAAGCUCUAAGGUUUGUGAUUGGCUAAUCUCCCUGCGCUGGGCACAGAAGGCGCGCUCUCAUUGGCCGACCGCCGUCCUGGCAUCCUUCCUGAGGCUGGCGGUGGCAGCCCCGCAGGCUUCACAGACCGACAGUCUGAAUGCUGAGGGAGCCAUGUUGAUGCUUGGUUUUGUAUCAACCGCUGCACUUUGGAUGGUUAAAGGACUGCGUCUCAAGGACUGGGAGCCUUAGCGGUGAUUCCAGCCCCGCGAUGAGAAGAGGAGAGCGGGUUGGGAUGGUACAGGGAGCGACAGAGGAGAGCCGCCCCUAGGUCACCGGACAUCACAGUUGAUUCAAAGCAAGUGAAGUUGAUGCUAGCUAGCCUGAUAGCUAGGUAGCAACAGCUGUGCGGACGCUGCGUGGGAUGCGGCGGGUGGACUAAAACAAAAAUCAUCCUCUCAGCUCGUUGCCUUUUCUUGGGCUAACGUUAGCCAGACUUCUUGAAGACGCUCUGCCCGAGGCAGUCUGCCAGUUGUGGAGCGCCGUGUUUGGUGUUUAAAGCCCCUAAAAAUCUCGAGUGGAGAUAUGGCGAUACAUCCAGUCUCUGUGGAAAGCUACCAGUUCGCCUGCUCAGCUUGCCAAGGAGCGGCUAGCGGGCUAGCAGCGUAACUUUCCCCUCACGGCGUCACUCAGAAGAACCCACUUCCUCGCUAGCCGACCUCUCGUACCUGAAGCAAGCUGGCGGCCCUCCGAGUAGAAGCCGAGGACAAGGAGCUGGGGCCGAUGGCCUGGGUGCUGAAGAUGGACGACGCCACCAUAGAGUCGGGGCUGGUGCACGACUUCGAUGCCAGCCUGUCCGGCAUCGGGCAGGAGCUGGGGGCUGGAGCCUACAGCAUGAGCGAUGUGCUGGCUCUGCCAAUCUUCAAGCAGGAGGACUCCAGCAUUCCUCCUGAAAACGAGACCAAAAAUCCCCCAUUCCAGUAUGUGCUGUGCACCGCCACGUCGCCCGCUGUCAAGCUGCAUGACGAGACGCUCACAUACCUAAACCAAGGCCAGUCUUAUGAGGUGCGUAUGUUGGACAACAGGAAGCCAGGGGAACUACCAGAGCUCAACAACAAGAUGGUGAAGAGCAUAGUGCGAGUGGUUUUUCAUGACCGCCGGCUGCAGUACACGGAGCACCAGCAGCUGGAGGGCUGGAAGUGGAACCGUCCAGGCGACCGUCUUCUUGACAUCGACAUCCCCAUGUCAGUGGGCAUUGUGGAGCCGAAGACUCACCCCUCCCAGCUUAAUGCGGCAGAGUUCCUGUGGGAUAUGAACAAAAGAACUUCUGUUUUUGUGCAGGUACAUUGCAUCAGCACAGAGUUCACUCCCAGGAAGCACGGCGGCGAGAAGGGCGUCCCCUUCAGGAUCCAGUUCGACACGUUCGCCCAGGGAGAAAGUGGAGAGUACACAGAGCACCUCCACUCUGCCUCCUGCCAAAUCAAAGUCUUUAAGCCAAAGGGCGCGGACCGUAAGCAAAAGACAGACAGGGAGAAGAUGGAGAAACGCACACCUCAAGAGAGGGAAAAGUACCAGCCUUCUUAUGAUACCACUAUCCUGUCAGAGACGAGGCUUGAACCCAUCAUAGAGGAUGCGGGUGACCACGAGCUGAAAAAGUCAAGCAAGCGGACACUUCCCGCUGACUGUGGCGACUCCCUGGCCAAGAGAGGCAGUUGCUCCCCAUGGCCGGACAAUGCCUACGUCAGCCCCAACCAGGCAGCUACUCCCUCCUUCUCCUCCGCCCCGCUGUCCACCUACACAACCUCCUCAGUACCGGACAGUGACUCGUCCUCACCCAAUCACCAGGCAGACCCUGGCAGCAACUCAGAGCAGCUGAGCCCCACUGCCUCCAUCCAGGAUGCACAGAAGUGGCUACUGAAAAAUCGCUUCAACUCCUACACACGACUCUUCUCUCACUUCUCAGGUUCUGAUUUGUUGAAGCUAACCCGGGACGACCUGGUUCAGAUUUGUGGGCCGGCAGACGGAAUCAGACUCUUCAAUGCACUUAAAUCCAGGUCUGUGCGUCCCAGGUUGACUGUGUACGUCUGUCAGGAGUCCCCUCGCGAGAGCCCCCUGCUGGAAAGACAUGGCAGCAAUGAAAACGGAGACCACAGCAUCUCCUCUAGUUUACACGUGUAUCAUGCUCUGUACCUAGAGGAGCUCACGGCCGCAGAGCUGAUCCGCAAGAUGGCAUCUGUGUGCUGCCUUCCACUGGGCACGAUCAACCAGGUGUACAGACAGGGUCCUACAGGCAUACACAUCCUGCUCAGUGACCAGAUGGUUUACAACUUGCCCGACGAGAGCUGUUUUUUGAUCAGCACAGUCAAAGAUGAACUGGGCGAAGGACUCCAUCUAAUCCUGAAGUAGUGAGGAGGACAGAUGGCAUCACUAAUACUCCACCCUCUGUUUUGGAGCUGAAGCCUCCCUCUGUCCCUCUCCGCCUGCCUCCACUCUUUCCUUGUACUUCCUCCCGUUCUCUCCAAAUGCUCGCUCGAUGGAAAGCAAGAGAAACUGAGAUAAAGCCAUGUAACUGUUAGAAUCUGACAUGGGUGUGUCCACUGUUUCAUAUUGAAAACACUAUUUAACGGAGGAGACUGGAUAGAAGAGGAGAGACUGGGGGGGAUGUGGGGUCAGGGGAAGAAAAUGAUGUAUGUAUUUUGAUUUUAUUAUUUUAUUGUCUUUUUAUAUGGUUUCUGUGGGAGAAGGGAGGGGAGGGAGGCUCCAGGAGAGAGGAGAGUGGCGUUCUGGCUGGCAGGAGAAGGAAAGGAAGCAGACUUUCCCUUAUUGCUCGUUGCCCUUCUUACACAACGCGCACAACCAGCACUAGGCCAGUAUUUGAUAACCUGUACUGCUGAACAGCAUGCGAUCUCAACAUACUAACUUGCUUAAAGGAGGAUCCCAACGUACUCUGCUUGUUUAACAUUCUUGACGGGGUUGUCUUAAUAAAUAAACCAUUUAUUGAUCAGCUGAGCUUGAUAACCCCCUGAAGUAUCCAGGCUAAAUUUGUGGAAGUGGCAUCUUUUGUGGAUGUUGACACCAACAUUCAAUUUUUUUUUUUUUUUUUUUUUGCUUGGACUUUGUCGGACUGAUUUCAUUAACUCUCGUCACAUAGAGGUUGCCCUAUGUGAUAUUUAGACUUCCAGCCAUAUCUCUCUCCCACCCAGCUCGACUCCCUUAACGUGCGUCCCGUUUUGCCUGCGCUUUUUACCGUUUUUAGUUAACGCUUUAUUUAUGGAUCAGCUGUUUCUCUCGCUCUCAUUGAAUUUACUUGUUUCCGGUGCCAUAUAGGCUUUUUAACUCGAUCGUGUAGUCUCAUUCACAAUCACAGCGCACACGCACCUCGUCUUUGACUCCUCUGCUUUCUGUGCGGACUUUGAAACACUGGUUUAGAGUGCGGUGUACGCUCUCUGGGAUUUUGGCCAUAAACGUGCAACGUAAGACAGACGUGGAGCAGUAGCGCCUAUCCAAAAACCUACUAUUAUGUGGACCAAACGGGUUUCAGAUUAAUAGGCACUUUCUGAGGAAAAGCCGCACUGGCAUUGUACAUCUUGGUCACUUGAAGCAUUCAUAGAAUUGAUCAGAUGGCUAAUUAAACCCUCAUCUAGUGGAGUUGCUUGUGUGCUGCAUGUACAUAAUAAUAAUAAACACCCCACCCCACCCACGCCAGGAUCUGCUCUGCUAGAAACAACCAGACACACAGCAGGCUGGUAGUAUCACUGCUGUAGCCUCGUUUCAGUAGUCUCAUCCUGUAGGCUAGUAAAAUCAUGGCAGCUCCACAUCCACCUUCAAAAUCUUGUGUUUUUAGUGUAGCUGAACACAGGAAGUACAGGUCACGUGUUUCCAGAGCACGUACCUCUUGAAAAGUGACAGGAAGUCUCACCAUAGGUUUAGUUUGAACCCCUUUUUGAUUUUGGUGCACAAUGUCUGGCAAAGUGCAUACAGUUUGCACGCCUUUAAGUGUCAGAUGGUGUGAGCGCGCGUGUGUGCAUGUGUAUCAUUUUCCGUUCUUGCAAAAGAAAACUUAAUUAUGUCAGUAGUCGUCAUGAACUUUUUCCUGUUGGUAUGAUGAAACUGUGUUUAGCUUGCUGUUUAGUAAAGAGCAUGUUGAAGAUGGGGGGAAGGGGGGAGGGAGGGGAGGGAGGGAGGGAUGAUUUCAGUGUACCCCCUCCUUUUUCCAGAUGUUAGAGACCAAGUCUGCACUGAAAAAUCACAAAACUCAAGCUCGAUGUGUAGUCAGUAGUCCUACAGCCACACCCUCUUCUUAUCCGCCUAUCAGAAGGAGAACAAAACAGAAAAGAAAAAAAAAAAGAAGCGUCUGUGUUUUAGCCUCACCAUGCGCCAGAGCCAGGACUGUAGCUCUUGUGGUGUUUACAAGGACAUGAGUACCACAGCACAGUAAACUGUGUUCAUCGACUCAAAGAUUAGUGAGUAACAGAGCGGAUGUGAUGCCAUGUCAGGCAAACUCUGGUGAGAAGUUUGAUGUCCCCUGAAGGCCUGACCAGUCGUCUGUCUGUGUGACUGAGUGUAUGGGUGUGUGUGUGUGUGUGUGUGUGUGUGUGUGUGUGUGUUUGAGAGAGAGUGUGUGAGCAGGAGAGGUGACCACCGUUCAUGUACAGCCUAAUGUCAAUGAUGAUGCUUCUCAUGUGCACAGUAUCGUAUGCUGGAGAUGUACACAACCACAUGUGCUGGGAAUAAAUGAUUUCAUAACUUUC